AUAAAUAUUUGUUUGUCAUUGGCAAAUAUCGAGUCUCUGACAAACUGACCGUCUCCGUUAUGUGUCAAAAUUUCUCGUUUCAGCACUUUGUUUCUCGAACCUCUUUCGUGCAAAUCUUUCGUUUCAUAACAAUGGGUAGCAAGAAAAUUAUUGUACCUCAGGGUCUGAUCAAUCCGAACGAGACGACGAUCAUCGAAAUACCCGCCGGCGUGGACAGCGAGGCGACGCUGAUCGCGAGGUCUUCGCCGAGGACGUGCGAGGAGAUGUUCCAGCCGGGAUGCGCGUCGACGCCGAGGACGAGGAGGGUGACGACGGUGCCGCCGGCGAGACCGCAGAGCGCGUGUCCUGGUAGUGGAGGAGGUGGUGGUGGAAGACAGAUGAGGCAAGUCACGUCGACGACGAUCAUCACCAACGAGGACGACUCUUCGUCGCUGGGUAUCCUCGAUUCGAAUUACAUGAACUCGUCGGGUGGAAGAUCGGGCGGAAGAAGCGGGCAACAAUCGUCGUUGGGGGUUUUAGGUUCCGGUUACAUGGAUGGCACCGGGUUGUGUCCGGCGAGCAGGAACGCGACGAUGGGGUCUGGGUAUAUGGACAGCACGAGGACGUCGGAUAACGGCGGUUGUAUGAGUGGUGGUGGUAAUUACAUGGACAGCAGUGGCGGAAGGACAAACAACACGAUGGGGAUUUUGGGUUCCGGUUACAUGGACAGCACGAGAUCGACGAAUCAGUCUUCGUUUGGGGUUCUCGGUUCGGGAUACAUGGAUAGCACCAGAUCGACGAACCAGUCGUCGCUGGGAAUCUUGGGUUCCGGCUACAUGGACAGCACCAGGUGCGGCGGCGGUGUAAGUGCGUCGCCGUCGCCGAAGCGAGUCAAGAAGAUCGUCAAGAAAGUCGUGACGGAGACGCCGCAGAGUUCCAACAAUUCGCACUCUCUGGGACUGCUACCCAAUUCUUACAUGAACGACACCAAUUUGAGUUUGUGCGGUCGGUCCGGCGGCAGCGAGAGCAAGAAGAAGGUGACGAGAGUCACGUCGGAGACGAUCAUCGACGAGGGCGACAGCCAAGAGAGCGCCGGUCUCUUGAAUUCAGGGUACUUCGAUAGCACGCAUUCGUCUGGAGCGUCGCGAUCUAUGGGGUUGCUGCCUGGCGCUUACCUCGACUCGCCUGCACAACAAGACUCGUGCCCGUCGCGGAGGGCCGGCAGAAGGUGUCCCGGCUCAGCCGGAUCGAAUCGUAGCCAAGGUGGUGGCGGUGGUAACAGCACCCAGCAGAAUCUCACGAUGGAAGUGCAAAGACAUCUGUCUGAACUCGAACAGAACGAACGGAAUCAGAUCAAUCGCGAUCUGGUGAUGUUCCAGCAGGCUAGGAGACGUCUCGUCCACGACGCGACGAACAUCUCGAGUUCAGGCGAAUCUCAGAUGAACUUCAGCGGCGGCAACAGCAGCAGCAACAAUAAGCGCAUGUAACGAAAUCAAAAC